AUGGCGCGGAAGCGUAAGUUAGUGGCAUCUGCAAGUUGUGUUGCUCAAGGUGCUUGUGCUGAAAAUGCAAUAGACAGAUUUAGCAAUCUUCCAGACGAAGUUGCUUAUCGCAUUCUCUCUUUCCUCACUUUCAAAGAACUCACUCGAGUGGAAGCCGCGUCGAAAAGGUGCAGGCAAUUUCAUCUAUCAGCUCCGCUUGUGAGUUUUGAUUCAAGUUGCAAACCACAUAGAGUAACCAACCAGAAGCGAGUGAGGUUGAUGAGCUCUUUGGAUAGGUACUUGUUCUAUCGUGGGGAUAAUAGGAUGCAGGUCUUCCGCAUUAGAUGGAGUUUCUUUACAUCCGAACCAGCAAGCAAGCUUUCUGAUGAUCAUUUUCGAGUGUUCACGUGGAUUCAUAAUGCAGUAAGGUGGAAUGUUGAAGAGCUUUAUCUUUAUUUCUCGCAUGGUGAGACCAAUACAAUUGCGUUGCCAUCUUGCAUAUUUCUUUCUCAGUCUUUGCGCUCUCUUUCAGUGAAAUUAUAUGCGAUGAUUCUUGAAGCCCCAUCCUUAUCCUUUUCCAGUAAUCUCCAUUACUUGCAACUGGAACAUGUUAAAGUAGUGGAUGAGAGGUUUUUCAGAUGGAUUGCCCGAUCCUGCAAAUUCAUCAAGGAGUUAAAGCUUCUUAAUAUUCGAGGAAUACAGAAAAUCACUAUUGAAAGUUCGUCUUUAGAAUAUUUUCUUUGUCGGAUUGAUAAAUUUGAUGACUGUUUUCAUCUCAACAUCUCUGGUAAGAAACUUGUUAGUAUGAAAAUUGUAUUGUCAUUUCCUAGACUCUAG